UCCAUAAUUACGAAGAGAGAAAAGACCUCCACGGUACAAAACCAACGCGCAUACACAUACACACCACACAAAACGGUCCAAAAACACCCGCGCCCGCCCUGCCUGUGGCCGGUGGCGGUGGAGCAGCAAAAAACCAUUACAGCAUCAGAAUUGGCGGUGCAACUUGUGAUCAUGUAAAUAGGGAAUGA